CUUCCCUCCAAACACUGGGCUAUGUGCGAGGAUAAAGUGCAUCAGUGCGGGGACAGCCAGGCUAGGGGGCACUUCCGAGCAGGCGGAGAGAAGGAGAAACAAAGAGAAGGGAGGACAUGAGCGAAGGCGAAGGGAGGGAGCAGGGGAUCAGCUGAGUUCAAUCCCGCCAGGAAAGCUCUUCCCCUGCGGCACAUCCCUGAGAAGGGCAGGGACAGGAUUUCCCCCCUCCUCUCCCCUUCUGGUCAAGAAGACAAAGAAAACCGAGUGGCCCCAUGGGGAAAGGGGGUGAGCAAGGGGGGGAUUCGGGGGAGCCGGCGGCGCAGAUCCGCUUCUACACCUGGGAAGAGAUCCAGAAGCACAACCUGAGGACGGACAAGUGGCUGGUGAUAGAGCGGAAGGUUUAUAAUGUCACCAAGUGGGCAAACAGGCACCCGGGGGGCCAGCGAGUCAUCAGCCACUGCGCCGGCGAAGAUGCCACGGAUGCAUUCCAGGCCUUCCAUAUCAAUCCCACCUUGGUGCAGAAGUUUCUCAAGCCACUGCUUAUUGGAGAACUCGCUCCAGGGGAGCCCAGCCAGGACCGAGACAAAAAUUCCCAGCUGGUGGAGGAUUUCCGGACCCUGCGGAAGACAGCGGAGGACAUGAACCUGUUCCGAGCCAGCCCCUUGUUCUUCUCCCUUUACCUGGGCCACAUCAUUGCCAUGGAAGUUUUGGCUUGGCUCAUGGUUUCCUACUUCGGGACCGGCUGGAUCACAACCCUCAUCCUUGCCUGCAUCCUUACAACUUCCCAGGCCCAGGCAGGAUGGCUGCAACAUGAUUUUGGACACCUCUCUGUCUUCAAGAAGUCUUCCUGGAACCACAUCGUCCACAAGUUUGUCAUUGGACACCUGAAGGGUGCCUCUGCAAACUGGUGGAACCACCGCCACUUCCAGCACCACGCCAAGCCAAACAUCUUCAAGAAGGACCCAGAUGUGAACAUGCUGCACAUUUUUGUCCUGGGAGACACACAGCCCGUUGAGUAUGGCAAGAAGAAGCUGAAGUACCUGCCUUACAACCACCAGCACGAGUACUUCUUCCUCAUCUUCCCGCCUCUGCUCAUCCCUGUGUAUUUCCAAAUCCAAAUCAUCUCGACCAUGAUCAGGCGCAGGUUCUGGGCGGACCUGGCCUGGGCCAUCAGCUACUACCUGCGCUACUUCAUCACCUACAUCCCGUUCUAUGGCGUCCUGGGCUCCCUGUGUCUCCUCACGUUUGUCAGGUUUCUGGAGAGUCACUGGUUCGUGUGGGUCACCCAGAUGAAUCACAUUCCAAUGGAAAUUGAUUCUGAGAAGCACAGAGACUGGCUGAGUUCCCAGAUGGCAGCGACCUGCAACAUUGAGCAAUCCUUUUUCAAUGACUGGUUCACCGGGCAUCUGAACUUCCAGAUCGAGCACCACCUGUUUCCAACAAUGCCACGGCACAACUUCUGGAAGGUGAAGCCUCUGGUGAAGUCUUUAUGUGCCAAGUACGGAGUCCAGUACGAAGAGAAGCCUCUUGGGAAAGCAUUUGUAGACAUUGUUGGGUCCCUAAAGAAAUCUGGAGAUCUCUGGCUGGAUGCUUAUCUCCAUAAGUGAUCAUGAAUCUUUCUGGGGAGGUGUGAGUGACCGGGAGGGAUGGGGGGGCGUGGGGGGGGAUCACACUUGUGUGUUUUACUCUCAGAUCUGUCUAAAUCCAUGGUUGUAGGGGAGUUACCUGUCUUGUCAGCUGCUUCUGGUGCAGGCCCAGGCAACCUGUUUAAUCCAGGCAGAUUUAAAAUGUGCUCCAGAGGGUAGAAAGCGAGGCCAGCAGUGCAAGUAACUGAAGGUUGGGAGAGGAUGAUGAGGAAUGUUUAAAAAAGGGCCAUUAAUAUCUGACCUUGACCUUCUUUUCACAAGAUUCGUUCUCAUUCUGCCUAAACCACACAAACCCUGAUUCACACUGAAAGGUUUUUAGAUCUUAAUGAGUGUUUGCAAUCCAAGGACACCCCAGUCAGCUCAUGCCUCUUUCCCAUGUUUGUGUAGAAGAGGAAUGACAUCCCAGGGGAUCGGCAGCUGCUGGACUGUGCUCCCAGCCCUGUCCAGCUCCCAGCUCCCUCCUUCCUUCUCUAAUCACAGCAUCCCUUCAGUGCCAGCUGUGACCCUGGCCCUGCACAGCUAUCCCCUAACCACAGCAGGGUUAACAUAGCCGAGUUUUAGGAUCAGCCCUUCUUCCCAGGGGGCUGUAGGAGAUUUCUGGGUUUAAACAGCAAAAUGUCUCCUUUAGGAGAGGGUUUGUUUUCUCUUUAAUGAGCAGCAGGUCUGGCACAGCGAAUUGCCAGCAAAUCACACAAAAGACCAAAACAAUCACACAAGCAAAACGUGCUAAUUGCUCCUCAGUGCUGCAGGGGAACCACAAAUGGCCUUUUCACCAUCCUGCCCUGCAGAAACCCAGAGUUCUGCCUGCCUGCACAUGCCUGGCAGGCUCUGAGCCUCCGCCUGCCUGCCCCAGGCCAGGAGCCAUGGCACUGCUCACCCUUCCCUUGGGAACAAUCACAGGAGAAAAGGAGUUCUCCCUGCACGAGGAGCUGCUCAGACAGUCGAUCUCAGCUGGAAUCAGCUCUGCCCAGAGCUGUGCUGCUGAUGUGAGACCUUUGGAGAACCCUCUUACAAGUUGUCUAAAACUCAAUUUUCUGCCCAGCACCUAAUUACCAAAAUUCACUAAUGGCUUAUCGGGAGAUAUGGUUGAACAGCUUCCAGGUGCUUCUGGAACAGGUAACCUGACCCCAAAUAAAUCCAGGGGUUCAGGUUCAGCUGCAACACAACAGAAGGGAUAUUUGGUUUAGGACAAAGGGCCAUGGUUCCAAAAGCAACCUCCAGCUCCAGCAACUGCCUCUGUGCUCCCUGGAAACACCAGGAGGGAGACUCUGGUUACUUUGCACGCCUCAUUACUUCCCUCAGCUCUGAAACUGGACCUUCUCUAUCACAUCCCUGAAUCCUAGCAGCAUCCCACAGAAUCAGCAAAGGUGCUUCAUCAUGAACAGAAACUACUCUGGGACUGUGGCCAGCAUUCCAAAGAAAAAAAAAAAUGUAUUCCCUCCCCACCUUCUUCGGAGAAUAAAAUGAGAUUUUAUCUUUGCUUACA